AUGAUACACCAAGAGGAAUACAGUGGACCAUUCAGAGCAAGCUGGAAGACCUUGAUUACGCUGAUUACAUCGGGCGCUUGUCCCACACUUGCGCCCACAUGCAGCAGAAAACAGAAAAUCUGCAGGAAAUCGAUCAGAUCAACAGGGCUUGAGGUCAACAUCAUCAAAACAAAAUGCCUUAGGAUUAAUCAAGGCAGCAGACAAGGCAUUCACAUAGAAGGGCAAGUCAUUGAAGAAGUUGACCACUUCACAUACCUGGGCAGUAUUUUCAGCAAGACAGGAGGUACAGAAGAAGACAUAAAUGCUAGAAUAGGGAAUGCACGCCACGCAUUUGGGACAAUGAGCCCAGUGUGGAACAAUCGGAACAUCCACUGGAAAACAAAGAUCAGGCUCUUUAAUACCAAUGUCAAAACAGUCCUCCUUUAUGGCGCUGAAAUCUGGAAAAGGACUAGACGCCUGGACCAAAGUCUGCAAGUAUUCAUCAACAAAUAUCUUGGGCAGAUCCUAAGGAUAAGAUGGCCAGAGAAGAUUUCAAACCAGGACCUAUGGGCAAGGACAGGGCAGAAACCAGUUAUGAACUCCAUACUACAGAAGAAGUGGAGAUGGAUCGGACACAUGCUGCGAACAACCCAGCCCAACAUAGCAAGGCAAGCCCUUGAUUUGAACCAUCAAGGACAAAGAAGAAGAGGUAGGUCUACAAACUCCUGGCGCAGAACACUGGACAUUGAGCUUCGCAAGAUAAGGAUGUCAUGGGGAGAAGCGAAAGCCCGAGAAUGGACCGAACCAGAUGGAGGGCUGUGGUAA